AUGCUGCCGGGGAAAGUGGAGAAGAGGAUCGCUUCAUCCGUCUUCAUCACCCUGGUGCCGCCGCAGAGGGAGGCGGCUGCCAAGGGGAAAACGCAAAGGGAGACGCGAUCAGACAGUGCUGAGGUCCCGGGCACCCAUCAAACCCACCCAGCGGCCCCCAAGCCUUCGUCCCCGCCGGUCCUCGUUCUCUCUGAAGCGCCCCAGCCCUUGUCCGCAGAGGCGCUGGGUCCGGCGCUGCAGCAGCUGGACCUUGCAGCACCUGCCAGCUUCCAGGCCCCUUCUGCCUUCCCCGCUGAAUUGAGGCUGCCCAAAUUUUGCCAGGAGCAAGCAGGCCAGCCGCAGUGGCAGGAUGCGAACGGGUACCUGGAGAGGGACAGCUCCAGAGACAUCUGUGCCUUCUGCCACAAAGCGCUGGGGCCCCGGGAGCCGACGGUGGAGGCGAUGCGGAAGCAGUACCACGCCAACUGCUUCACCUGCCGGACGUGCCACCGGCUCCUGGCUGGCCAACGCUACUACCAAAAAGAUGGACGCCCCACAUGUGACACUUGCUACCAGGCCACGCUGGAGAAGUGCGCCAAGUGCCAGGGGCUGAUUACAGAGCGCAUCGUCCGUGCCCUGGGCAAGGGCUACCACCCCGGCUGCUUCUCCUGCACCGCCUGCGGCCGGGCCAUCGGCACCGAGAGCUUCGCUGUGGACGAGCAGGAUGAGGUGUACUGCGUGACCGACUUUUACAGGAAAUACGCUGCGAUCUGCAGUGCCUGUGAGCACCCCAUCGUCCCUCGCGAGGACAAGGACACCUACAAGAUUGAGUGCCUGGGACGCGAUUUCCACGAGAGCUGCUACCGCUGCGAGAGCUGCAGGACACCCCUGUCACCGGAGCCAACGGAGAACGGGUGCUACCCCCUGGACGACCACCUCCUCUGCAAGUCCUGCCACAUCCGAUGGCGAAACGAGUCGUCCUGCUAA